AUGGCACCGGUAAUAUCGCCAGGGGAUCUGCCCCCCGCAAAGCUGUCCGCGGUCGGUCGGUGUACGGUGGACAGUGCGUGGAAGAAGGAAGUGCUGGAGAAGAAUGCCGACAAGCGUUACAAGACUGAGGAUGUGACAAAGACCAAGGGUAGCCAGUUUGAGGACUACUUUUUGCGGCGUGAGCUUCUGAUGGGCAUCUUCGAGAAGGGUUUCGAGGCUCCUUCGCCCAUCCAGGAGGAGAGCAUCCCCGUUGCGCUUGCGGGUCACGACAUUUUGGCGCGCGCCAAGAACGGAACUGGUAAAACCGCGGCGUUCGUAAUUCCACUGCUGGAGAAGCUGAACACGGCCCAAAAUCACAUCCAGGGUUUGAUUCUGCUUCCCACGAGGGAGCUCGCGCUUCAGACAUCUGCGGUGGUGAAGGAGCUCGGGAAGUACCUCAACGUGCAGUGCAUGGUUUCCACUGGUGGCACUUCGCUGCGCAACGACAUCGUGCGUCUAUACAAGCCGGUGCACGUGCUCUGUGGCACUCCUGGUCGCAUUCUGGACCUCACGAACAAGAACAUCGCCGACCUCUCCAAGUGCCACGUGAUCAUCCUUGACGAAGCCGACAAGAUGCUUUCCGCCGAGUUCCAGCCCAUCAUCGAGACCCUGCUGAAGUUCCUGCCCACUGAGAAGCAGCUGAUUCUGUACUCUGCCACGUUUCCGCAGUCGGUGCAGAAGUUCAAGGAGGCCUACCUUCCGAAUGCGCACGAGAUCAACCUCAUGGACGAGUUGACCCUUAAGGGUAUAACGCAGUUUUACGCCUACGUUGAGGAGCGUCAGAAGGUGCACUGCCUCAGCACGCUGUUCUCGCGUCUCCAGAUCAACCAGGCGAUCAUUUUCUGCAACAGCGUGAACCGCGUGGAGCUGCUUGCGAAGAAGAUUACGGAGUUGGGGUUCAGCUGCUUCUACAUCCACUCGAAGAUGAUGCAGGCUGACCGUAACCGCGUGUUUCACGACUUCCGCAACGGCGCGUGCCGGUGCCUCGUGUCUUCCGACCUGUUCACCCGUGGAAUCGACUUCCGUUUCGUGAACGUGGUGAUAAACUUCGACUUCCCGAAGACUUCUGCGACUUACCUACAUCGCAUUGGACGUUCCGGUCGUUUCGGCCACCUGGGUUUGGCCAUCAACCUGGUUACCGCUGCGGACAAGGACGCGCUGUUCAGGAUCGAAGAGGAGCUCGGCACGGAGAUAAAGGCCACGCCCGCCCAUAUCGACCCCGCACUUUACUGUUAG